AUGUCUUCGGACAGCGCACCCUCCUUGUCGCCACUGGCCAUGGCGAACGCGGAUGCUAACAUCCCUGAUAACUACGUAUCGUACACGUUGAAGAACCAGAAGUCGCUGCCCCCAGUGACAUGGGACAACCUCACGGAAGAGCUUAACUGGCUCCAUGUAUUCAUCCUUGGUUUCACCCCCGUACUUGGUUUCAUUGGUGCAUACUUUACACGCCUCAGGUGGGAGACGGCCGUUUGGUCCGUCGUGUACUACUACAUCACUGGACUGGGCAUCACCGCCGGGUACCAUCGUCUUUGGGCCCACAGGUCGUACAACGCGUCCCGCCCCCUUCAGUAUGCACUUGCACUCGCCGGCGCGGGCGCCGUUGAAGGCUCAAUCAGGUGGUGGGCACGUGGUCACCGUGCCCACCACCGAUACACCGAUACGGACCUCGACCCGUACAACGCCCACAAGGGUCUUUUGUGGUCCCACAUUGGUUGGAUGAUUGUCAAACCUCGUCGUAAGCCGGGCGUUGCGGACGUCAGCGAUCUCUCGAAGAAUGAGAUUGUCCGAUGGCAACACCGUCACUACCUCAAGUUGGUGUUGAUCAUGGGAGUUAUUUUCCCUACGGUAGUUGCUGGUUUGGGAUGGGGCGAUUGGAAAGGCGGGUAUGUGUAUGCGGGUCUUUUGCGCCUCGUCUUCGUUCACCACUCUACUUUCUGCGUCAAUUCGCUUGCUCACUGGCUCGGAGAAGCGCCUUUCGAUGACAAGCAUACUCCUCGUGACCAUUUGGUCACGGCGCUUGUUACCAUCGGCGAGGGUUAUCACAACUUCCACCACCAAUUCCCUAUGGACUACCGGAACGCGAUCAAGUGGUAUCAGUAUGACCCGACGAAGUGGUUUAUCUGGGCCUGCAAAAAAGUUGGUCUCGCUACCCAUCUCAAGACGUUCCCUGACAACGAAGUUCGCAAAGGCCAACUGACGAUGCAGCUCAAGCGCCUCCGUGAGACACAGGAGCUGCUGUCGUGGCCCUCGGAUAAUAGUCACCUGCCAGUGAUUAGCUGGGAAAGCUACCAAACUCAGGCCAAGACUCGGCCUCUGAUUUGCGUUGCAGGCUUUAUUCAUGAUGUGGCCGACUUCUUGGAUGAGCAUCCCGGCGGACGCCACCUUCUUAUGAAGAACAUCGGGAGAGACGCUACGACGGCCUUCUUUGGUGGUGUCUAUGACCACAGCAAUGCUGCGCAUAACUUACUUGCUAUGAAGCGUGUGGGGAUUUUGCAUGGUGGUGCACCACAUGGACUGGAGGAUAAGAUGAUCCCUCCGAGUCAGCGGCUCCGAGUGGCGCGGUACAAUGAAAUUGGUGCCAGUGGCUACAGUUCUGCGGCGAUGUCAGACGGAGAGGGUCUGUUGGGAUGA